AUGGGUGGUGGACCCGAUAAGUCCGAGGUCCCGUCGCGGGUCGACCCUUCCGGCGCAUCAGAAGAUGCUCCUGACGAGGAGCAACACAAUAGCCGCCCUAUGACCGACUCCGUGUCUCACGACACUUCGGAGGUGCUGGCUGUGACAGAGCUUGAUGGUGCAUCAUCGCAGUCUCCCCGGCCCGACAAGGGCGACGCCGUUGAUAUUGAGAGCCACGAGAACACCAAAGUGAACGACAGCGAUGACGAUACGGCAACUAUUAUCAAGCAGCCUGAGACCCGUCCAAUUACCCACGAUCAAUUGGUGGCCGAAGUGAAGGGUAUCUAUGCCGGCUUGGGGAUGGUAGAAAAGAAAUGCAUAGAAGUCGACGACGGCCAGAUGCCCUGGACAGACGGUCCGCCCGACAUUCCCAGCUACCUAUUGACGAUCCCGGAGGCCAUGUUGAUACUGCUUAAGAGGGCAAUAUGGAACCAGCGCAAACUGUUCGUCUUUGCUAGCCGCCGUCAAUGCGGCCAAAUGGGCGAAGAGGCUCGCAAGAAGGUGAUAGACGGGAAAUACUACCUCAACAUUGGAUACGACUUGGUCGACCAGUUAUUGCGCGAUCUCGAAACCGUCAAAAGCAGAGCAAAAGAGCCAGCUCUGGGCCUCUUGGCCAUCUGGCCAUUCAUCCACGCGGGCUGCCAUCGCCUCUGGAACAUGGUUCGAGCCCUUCUUGUCUUCCUCUGCUUUCGCUUGUGCGGCCUGACAAAGUCCGAGUCUGAGAAGACGCCCGCAAUCGAAUUGCCAAUCUAUGUCGAAAUCAGGCCGCUGAGUGAUCAGAGCCGGUACAAAAAGGUUGGCACGGAAUAUUGGGUGCUGGUCUCCGGUCGAUGGAUCCGUAGUCUCAGAGGCGAGCAGUAUGCAGCUCUCAUUGCGCAGCACCGCACAGCUUUACACGAACAUCACGACUUUUUGUUGGCCUCGCAGCACCCCUAG